AUGUUCAGACCGAACCGCAGGAAAGUGGUCUGUAAACAAUUCAAUUUCGGAUACUGCAGCUUCGGUGGAGCCUGCGGCUUCAGCAGUGUCUGGACAGCGAGGGAUUCGUGGCCGGAAUCGCUGCCUGCAGCAUACGUUGGGGAAGCUGCAGUCGACGAGAAUACCACAUUCGUCGAUCCACUUCCGUACUCAGGGCCUGUGCUGAGAUCAACCAGUCUGCGCAACGACCCAGCGACUCCAUUCCCUCGGCAUAACAAUGACCUGCUCAAUAUAUCAGACAUCAUCAUUCUGCCCACAACUUCAGAGUGUUCCAGUCGCAGACGCGACUACCUACCCGAUCGCAACAUGCGAGAGCCAGAUAGUCGCAAUCCACGAAAGAUGCUCGAAGAUCUUGAGCAAGCGUUCCGGGUACAGCGCGCAGAUGAAGCGAUCAACUGGCGGCUGUGUGUCAUGGAAGCCUUGAAGUCAAUGUUGAAAGCACUGAAGUUCCCAUCGCAUACCCAUACCACGCUCUCUCUCUGCAAUGAUCGAAAAUAUUGGCAUCACCGAAAGGUGACAGUCACAGAGGCCAGCGGAUCCUUCAACAAACAAUCCUUCAAGCUUUCGGUGGAAUUCACAGCCCAGCUAGGUGUAGGGAUGCCUCUCAACGUCAAAAAGUCGCUCGCCUGA